CCAGAAUUUAUACAUAUAUGCUAGAGAAAUCCAGACUCAUUUCACAGCCUGCUGGCCAGAGCAAUUUUCUCAUUUUCUACUUGUUGAUGGAUGGGUUAUCGGCUGAAGAAAAAUAUGGACUUCACCUUAAUAAUUUAUGUGCACACCGGUAUUUGAACCAGACCAUACGGGAAGAUGUAUCAACAGCAGAGCAUUCUCUGAACAGGGAGAGAUUAGCUGUUUUGAAACAAGCCCUGAAUGUAGUUGGCUUCAGCAAUUUGGAGGUGGAGAACCUGUUUGUAAUCCUAGCGGCCGUGCUGCACCUUGGAGACGUUCGCUUCACUGCUCUGGCCGGUGCCGACUCCGCGCUGGUUUCUGACCUGCAGCUUCUGGAGCAAGUGGCUGGAAUGUUACAAGUAUCUACGGAUGAAUUGGCCUCUGCCUUAACAACUGAUAUUCAAUAUUUUAAAGGAGAUACGAUAAUACGACGGCAUACUAUACAGAUUGCUGAAUUUUACCGGGAUCUCUUGGCCAAGUCCCUGUACAGUCGUCUGUUUAGCUUUUUGGUGAAUACCAUGAACUGCUGCCUCCACAGUCAAGAGGAACACAGAAGCAUGCAGGCAUUGGAUAUCGGAAUAUUAGACAUCUUUGGUUUUGAAGAAUUUCAAAAGAAUGGAUUUGAACAACUUUGUGUCAACAUCACCAACGAGAAGAUGCACCACUAUAUCAAUGACCUGCUUUUUCUCCACGAGCAAACAGAAUGUGUCCAAGAGGGAGUUACCAUGGAAACAGCAUAUUCUCCUGGUAACCAGGCUGGAGUUUUGGAUUUUUUUUUCCAGAAGCCAUCUGGAUUUCUGUCUGUCUUGGAUGAAGAAAGUCAAAUGGUUUGGUCAGUGGAACCAAACCUUCCAAGAAAGCUGCAAAGUCUCCUAGAAUCCUCAAACACAAAUGCAGUGUAUUCCCCCGUUAAAGACGGGAAUGGGAACGUUGCCCUCAGAGAUCAAGGCUCUGCAUUUACUGUAAUGCACUACGCAGGAAGGGUUAUGUAUGAAAUUGUUGGAGCGAUUGAAAAAAAUAAAGACUCCCUUUCACAGAAUCUUCUAUUUGUAAUGAAAACUAGUGAAAAUGUCGUGAUCAAUCAUUUGUUCCAGUCGAAACUGUCGCAGACCGGAUCCCUUGUACCUUCGUCUCCUUCCUUUAAAUUCCGAGGACAUAAAUCCGCCCUGCUGAGUAAGAAAAUGACAGCUUCUUCAACUGUCGGAGAAAACAAGAAUUAUCUAGAACUUAGUAAGUUAUUAAAAAAGAAAGGAACUUCUGCAUUUCUUCAAAGACUGGAACGAGGAUAUCCAGUUACUACAGCAUCACAGCUCAGGAAAUCGCUGACAGAUAUUAUUGGAAAGCUUCAGAAGUGCACUCCACACUUCAUCCAUUGCAUCAAGCCCAAUAACUCAAAGCUGCCAGAUACGUUUGAUAACUUUUAUGUGUCUGCUCAGCUGCAAUAUAUCGGGGUCCUGGAGAUGGUGAAGAUCUUCCGAUAUGGAUACCCAGUUCGCCUUUCCUUCUUGGAUUUCCUAUCAAGAUACAGGCCCUUGGUUGACACAUUGCUGGGCGAGAAGAAGGGCGAGUCUGCUGAGGAGAGGUGUCGGCUUGUUCUCCAGCAGUGUAAAUUACAAGGCUGGCAGAUGGGAAUCCGAAAAGUGUUUCUAAAAUACUGGCAUGCUGACCAGCUCAAUGACUUGUGCCUGCAGUUGCAGAGAAAAAUUAUAACCUGCCAAAAAGUUAUAAGAGGAUUUCUAGCACGCCAGCACUUGCUUCAGAAAAUGAGCAUCAGACAACAAGAGGUCACUUCCAUCAACAGCUUCCUGCAGAACACAGAGGACAUGGGGCUAAGAACCUACGACGCGCUGGUCAUCCAGAAUGCUUCGGACAUUGCCCGGGAAAACGACCGGCUCCGGAAUGAAACGAGUCCUGUCCACCAUAAAGAGAAAUUGGACAGGAACAGGCUAGAGGAAGGCACCAGAAGAGCUGAAGACAAGGGUGGACCCAGGCCCUUCCACUCCAGCUCCAUCCCAGUGCCCAUAGCAGGGGACAUCCUGGCACAGUCUCUCGCUGGACCGUCCAUCCGGUCUCCUUCGCUGCACUUGGUGUUCAGCAUGGAUGACAGCAGUGGCCUCCAGUCCCCACGGAAACAGCCUCCACCCAAGCCGAAGAGGGACCCCAACACCCGGCUGAGCGCCUCCUAUGAGGCUGUGAGCGCCUGCCUGUCGGCAGCAGUCAAGGAAGCAGCGAGCGAAGCUCUGACCCGGCCCAGGCCGCACAGCGACGACUACAGCACCAUGAAGAAGAUCCCUCCCCGAAAGCCCAAGAGAAGCCCCAACACGAAGCUCAGCGGCUCCUACGAGGAGAUCUCGGCCCCCCGGCCUGGGGAGGCGAGGCCCCCGGGCGCGCCCCGGGACCCGGGCUGCGGGCAGAGGGUCUGCUCGGCCGACGGGCCCCCACAGGGCGCCCUGCACCUGCCCUCGGCCCCCGGGGACGACGACGACCCCGAGCCGGUGUACAUCGAGAUGGUGGGGAAUGCCGGGGGGCCCGGCGACAGCCCCGACCCGGGGGAGUCGGUGUACGAGGAGAUGAAGUACUUCCCGCCCGACGACAGUGGCGGCCUGGGGGUGGUCUCCUUCACGUCCGCGUCGCCCCCCCUGUUCUUCGACAGUCGGAAACCCAUCGCCUUGGAGGACGGCGACCGAGCAGCGGGGCCCUGCAAAGACGCCUGCGACAUCCCGCCGCCAUUCCCCAACCUGCUCCCCCACCGGCCCCCGCUUCUGGUGUUCCCUCCCACGCCGGUGACCUGCUCCCCGGCCUCUGACGAGUCCCCCUUAACCCCGCUGGAAGUGAAGAAACUGCCCGUGCUGGAAACCAACCUCAGGUACCCCGUCCAGGCAGAAGGUUCGAGUCCACUGUCCCCGCAGUGUUCCGAAAACCAAAAGGGCGACGGCGACAGGCCCGCGUCCCCCGCCUUGACUCUGUUCGAUGGGUGCAGCAAGGUCUCUCCGCCUCCCACACCCGCUCCGCCCCCCGGGGCUGCCCCCGCCGGCCCCCGGCCGUCCACGCACUUCGCCUUCCCGCCGGAGUCCGUCCCGGGCAGUGCGGGCCAAGCAGGGGCGAGUUCAGAUCUGUCCAAAGUGCACCAUAAGCCACCCUCUGCCCCGGGGGCUGGUCCCUGCAGCUCUUUCUCCAAGAUCCCUUACUCCCCGGUGAAGGCAGCGAGAGCUGACCCCAGGAAGGCCCACUGCAACCCCCCCUGCCCAGCCCCCUGCAGCCUUGCCAGCUCCAGGCCUCUCAGCAGCCCUCUGGAUGAGCUGGCCAGCCUCUUCAGUUCUGGAAGGAGCGUGCUGCGGAAGUCUGCAGCGGGAAGGAAGAUAAGGGAAGCUGAAGGUUUUGAAACUAACAUGAACAUCACUAGCCGGGAUGAUCCUAACACAUCCGAAAUUGCUUCAGAGACUCAAGAUAGAAAUGCAAAUAACCGUGGAAUUCAAUUAUCUAAUUCACUAUCCAGUGCUCUAACUGCUGAAAAUGGAAAUUCUGUCUCCAAUGGUUUACCUGAAGAAGAUGGAUACUCCAGGUUGUGUGUAAGCAGCACCACGACGUCAUCAUUUCAGAGACAUCGGGAGAGUCACACCACUCAG